GACAGUGUGGAAUGUUUACGACCUCUUCUGUUAAUUGCAGUGAUAGAGGUAAACAAGCAAACUCUGCGUCGCUCUCCGACUCAAAAGUGCGAACAAUACCAAGCAAGUUAAGUGGCCGGUUGGUUACCUUGGAGAGGGGGAAACUGUCCAGAGCGACCACCCAACAGACGUAACGGGCGCGCCCAGUAGACGAAAGUGACAAUGUUGGUCCAACAUCGAGCUGUCGUUGCGCUUGGUCUUCGCAUGUAUUCUACAGGACCUUUGAUCGACGCAGCAAGACCUAGCUCUGACAUGUCUGAAUUCCGCAAGGUCUUUUCCAAAGCCAAGCACAUAGCAAUCAUCACAGGGGCAGGUGUGAGUGCAGAGAGUGGAGUACCAACCUUCAGGGGAGAAAAUGAGAAAUGGAGGAAGUGGCAGUCACAGGACCUGGCUACUCCAGAGGCCUUCUCUCGCAACCCGUCGCGGGUCUGGGAGUUCUACCACUACAGAAGGGAAGUUGCGUUGAGCAAAAAGCCCAGUGCUGUUCAUCAGGCGAUAGCAGAGUGUGAGACCCGGCUGAGGAAACAGGGACGCUCUGUGGUCGUCAUCACCCAGUGUAUUGAUGACCUACACCGACAGGCAGGGUCCAAACAUGUGCUAAAGAUUCAUGGCAGUCUGAUGGAGACGCGCUGUGUGAGUUGUAGACACGUGACCGUGAACAAGCAAAGCCCCAUAUGUGCUGCCCUAAAGGACAAAGGAGCACCUGACCCAGAUGUUGCUGAUGCCCAGAUUCCUGUGGAUAAACUGCCAAGGUGUGAUGAAAGUGACUGCCACGGUCUGCUGAGGCCUAACGUUGUGUUUUUCGGGGAGACUCUGGACUCUCAUAUCCUGACCAAAGUGGAAAAAGAACUGGAAAUCUGUGAUCUCUGUCUGGUGGUGGGCACGUCUUCGAUCGUUUACCCAGCAGCCAUGUUUGGCCCCCGGGUUGCGUCCAGAGGCAUCCCAGUGGCAGAAUUCAACACGCAAACAACACCAAAAACUGAGUACUUCACGUACCAUUUCCAGGGUCCAUGUGGAACUACACUGCCUCCAGCCUUGGCGCGACAUGAGUCAGAGGUUAUUUAAGCCCUGUGGGACUGACUUAACAGACAAGAAUCAUUGGCUUCUUCUACAGUCUAAUGCAAGCCCAAAGCAGUGAUGUUUCAUAGCAUUUUUUCAUUCCAAAUGUUUGCCUUAACAUUACUGCAGCUUUUGAUGCUUGGUAGAGAGAGGGUUGUAUAAGAAUUAUCUUUUUAGAUCUGUCAAUACUUGAAUAUAUAGUUCACUAAACUGGAAAUGGGAUAUUGUAUGUUCUACAUAUUUGCUGUGUAGAUUUAAACAGGGAUCACGCAGCCUGAUAUAAGAAAGGGAAUGCACUAUGUAUGUAGUUCUUUGCAUUGCAAACUAACUCCUCACACUAGAAGGUAUCGCUAUUCUUUACAAAUAGCACAUAUUCACUGCUGGUGAGGAAUUGCUAUAUUUUGGAUAUACUGUGCUCUAAAAUUAGGUGGUAGAAUGGAACAACAUAUUACUCCCGCUGCCAGUGGAGAAUAUUCCUCCUUUUUCUUCCCACUGAAUGAACAGAUGUACACACCAUAACAUAAUCUUGUGCCUUUCAAGCUGUUUACACAACCUUGACCAAAUGCUCGCAUUAAACCUCAAGUGCAAAUCAACCACUGUUACAAAGAUUUAGCCAAGUGUAGAGUGUUUUGCUGUUGACCAAGGACAGAGGGGAUAGAGAGACAGAAACGUAUUUUCAAGCAUAGCCCGAAUCAGCAUUAUUCCCUCCUUGUGCUCUUUGACUGCGUUUAUUAUUCUGUCAGUAUGGUUACAUGUAAUGGAUUAUUCAUGAUACGUUUGAUACAUUUUUACACAUUUAAAUGCCUAUUUUUGAACGAAAUGUGUUCAAUCGCUGUAGAUGUACAUUCUUCAGAAAAAAAAUGAAAGCAAUCGUAUGAUAUUUAAGAGAUUAUCUUUUUUUUUUCUUUACAUGUUUGCUUAUAAAUGCACUAUUUCUCAAAAUGUACUCUAUUAAAACUGCCAAUGCAAUGAUCCAGAAUGCAGUUAUUAAAAACACUAAAUGUA